AUGAGGUAUACCGAUCCUAAUGUUCCAUUGGCUCAAUCAGAUGAAGAUGCUAUUCUUGGAUUGGACAAACCAAUGAUAGAUAUUCAUGGUAAAUUUAUGGCGUUGCAAAUCAGGCUUACACUAGGGACGUCUGCCUAUGCAACAAUGGCGCUUCGUGAGGUUACGAAGACCGAGACGAGUUCAUUCCAUCAGACCAACCUCACACUUCUCUCGGAAGAUCAAGCAUACCGCGAUACCGCUAAAAACGACCCAGAAAUGGCUUCAAUUGAACCAGGAUCAAGUCUAGCAGAUGACGCCGUUACGGGGGAUGGUGAUUUAACUGUGGAGGUGGUUGAAGGCCAGUGA